CGUGCCGUCGCUGGUGCCAUCCACGUGCUGGUGGUACCGGAGCAUCUCCGCCGUCAGCCCGAGCUGUGUGCCGCGGGUUGCUCCGGAGCGGGCACCGGGGGCUGGGAUCGAAGCCUGAGUCGGGGCUUUGCCGUGCCCUUUGGUGACGGCGGUGGCACCGUGCAGGUGACCCGGCCAAUCUGGCUGCAGGAAGCGCUCUCUGGGCGCGUGGCUCCUGCCGGGGGGAUAAUUGAGGAAACGGGAGAUGCUGCCCAGCUCCUGGAGCAUCCCCACCCCACGUGUGGGCAGGGCAUCCGCUCACGCUGUUCUGCCAUCCCCAGGGCCGCUGGGAGCGGGGCCGGACGGGAUGGGUCCCGAGGACGGCCUCAUUCGAACGCUGGUGCGGCCGCGGGGUGCGCGGCGUGGGAACGUGCGGCGGCCGGGAGGGUGGAGGAGGCUCCGCCGUCCCCGGCCACGGCUGUCCCAUAAGGGCCCCAUGCCCUUCUGAUGGAGGACCACCGCCAGCGCUCCAAGGAUGCAUCCCCACUGCCUGCUCUGCUCGUCCCUGAGUCGGCAUCACCUCCCUGCAGCUGUCCUGGCGGCUCUGGCACCGUGUGCUCCCAGCGCCCCGUGCCCUGAUCCCGGUGUGCCAGGUCCAGGGGCUCUGCAUAAAGCACUUUGUCUGGCGGAGGAGCUCUCCGUGGGGCCCUGCCCCAUCCCCUCCCGGAGGGGUCUAUUUAUUCCUGUGAUGCUGACCCCGUGUGAGCUGCCCUGUGGGGUUCCCACCCCCUGGAGCUCUGCAGGAAGCACUGAUGUACCCCAAAAGGGCCGCAGCGGUGCCGGGCCCUGCUGGUCACCGUGUCUGUCAAGUCUGUAAAGAAUUGUUCUGUGUAAAUACAUCUUUAUUAUAAAGAGCUAUGAUGAAAAUAAGCGCUUGCGGUGGUGGUGUGGUGGGAGACUGAACGAAGGGCUGGGGGACAUUCUGCAGCCUGUGGGGCUGGGGUGCUCUGUGGCCUGAGUAGGGAUGCAUCCCAUCAUCGUCCCCAUGGUGCUGAUGAUGGUAUCGGUGCUGUGACAGCAGCCAGGCUGGGGGCUCAUGCAUCUCUUUAGCCAGAAGUGGUUUGUAACUCAGGGUGUGAGCACCACGAUGCUGACGUUGCCGUGGUUACCAGCUACUGGGUGCAGCACCCGUGUCUGGCGUUGGGCUGCCUGGUCCUGGGCACCUCUGGUUGCUGCCGUCCUCUGGUGGCUGCUGGACACCCAGCCUGCCUCAGCCCUGCACCGCAUGCUCUGGGUCCCUUUGUCCCCCCCUGUCUGCCGUCCCCGUUCCCAGAGUCUGUGCUCCUGGUGUCCUCCUCCCUGCCAUCUCUAUUCUUGGUGUCCCUAUUCCUGGUGUCCCUGUCUCUGGUAUCCACGUCCCUGGUGAUCCUAUUGCUCAUGUCCCUGACAGCCCUGCCCUUGCCGUUCCAGUUCCCGGUGUCCCCAUCGCCGUGGGUCCCGGCAGGCAAGCAGCUGCAGGCACCUCUCCCUGGUGUUCCUCCAGGCCCACGCAGGAGGGUGGCAGUUUAGGACUCAGCAAGCAGAUCUUACACUUAAUGGGAGCUGAGCUGCGCAAACAGACGGGACUACCCCAGAAUCCCCCAAGCCAGGGCAGUGCAGUGCAGUGCGGGGCCCCUGAGGCCACCAUCCCCUGCAGGAGGGGUGCUGGGCUGCCCUGGGAGAGUGAGGAGGGCACGGUGGUGGGGGUCCCGCAGGCAACACAGCACUGGAGGGGAGGGGGUUAACGGGGCCGUGGAGGAGCGGAAAGUCUGCAGCUGCGGGGCUGCAAGCAGGGGCCCGGGGGAAGCGGGGCUGGGCCCAGCUGGCCUCCAUGAGCUCAUCCUCGGGGACCGGGAGGGAUGCACUCCCGGCCACGUGCCAGCGCGAUCCCAACACGCCGCAUGCCUGCGCCGCCCUGCAGAGACCCGGCUGGGUUCUUCCCCUCUGCAGGGUUUGAAGGCUGCCGUGCCGCUGGGUACCGCAGUCCGGGGGUGAGGAUGCGGUGCCCCCACCCAGCGGCCUCAGGGCUGCCCUGGAAGGGGGAGGCCGGGGAGGUCUCCCCGGUUGGGCCGUGGCCAGCGGUGCUGGAGGAAAAGGCUCCUGGGCCAGGAGACCGAAGGAAUCUCUGGCUUUUCCUGGCCUGGCUGGCUGCCCGCGGGCAGGUGGGGGCUGCCGGGCUGCACCACUCUCUCCGUGCUGUGUGCCGUGCCAGCUGCUCACCUGCUGCAGGAGGGCUGAGAGGGUGGGUGCACAGCCCCUGGCACCCGAGUGCCUGGGCGUCUGCGUGGGUCCUGUCAGCACAGUGACAACAGGGUGCCAGAGAGCCCAACGGGGACACGCGGAUGCCACCAACCGUGCUGCUCCCACUGCACAGACAUCACCGCUACGGGCACCGGUUGUAUUCAAUCCCCAAACACUUUGCAGGGCUCAGAGCUGCGUGCUGCCAGCUUCCAAGGAGCCGCACCGCCUCGAGGACACGCAGGCCAGGCCUCGUUCUGUCCCUGGGGAUCCACGAGGCUUCGCGCCCUCUCCGGCAUUUCCGCCGGCAGUGGCAGGAAUGCGGCGGCCGUAGGAACAAUGCGGCACCUUGCGCCGCUCCUCUCCGU